AUGCAGUCCACAAACAACCAAACGGCUGUAAGUGACAACGCCGGUGGGCUGCAAGGCCGAUGCGCGUCACGUGCGCCGCCCGCAUACUGGAAUCUUCACCUCCACCCUUCAUCUCCCCAGGAUUUCUCGGAAAUGGACGAUAUUUUGACGGCAGUGAAGACUGCCAGGCAGGAUACAGGAUUCUCUCUGACUCCUGUUUCCACACUGAGCGAGAAUGUCUCAUCAAAACGCCACUUUGACCUCGACAAUCUAUCAGCACAUCACAUCAUAGAUCUACUCAAGUCCAAACCAGAUCAUGACCAGCUAUUUGCCGCUUUGACGACACUUGAUCCUUUCAGCAAACACAGAGCCACAAAUGACUUCGAUCUCCGAAUUAGCAACAUCACAACUACUCAGAUUGUCCGUUUGUUAGUCAGCACCACGAUUCCACAUCAUUGGAGAUCGUUGGAUGCCAGCAAAGGGAAAGAUGCUAAAGCUCGAGCAGCGUUGCUAAGAUGCCUGGGCAACAUGACAGGGCUUAGUCUCCUAGUGUCUGAACUAAGAGUUCUGAUCAACUCUGUCCGCGCUUCAGCCCACAAAGUCGAGAGUUCAAGCACCCCACUCAUCAUCGAAGACCUUUUGGCUGUCUUGUCUGCUUUGCUAGAGCCAAAAGAUUUCUUGCUGCGUAUCCUGACGGAUCACUCGGCAGUCUGUGAUAACAAGGCCCAGCAGCAAAUUAUGUGGAAAGAGCUUGUCUCUCUUGUCGCCGGCGGCAAGCUCCUAUCCACCGCAGCUGAAGCUCUCACUGUUGUUGAUGAAUCGAAUGUUCAGUCCUCGACCACCUGGGUUGGAACCGGAAAUCAGUAUGUUUCAUGGCUUGGCCGCAAUAUUUCUCAUAUGGCGUUGAAGCUCGCUCCCAAUAACAAAAUCGACCAAAUCGACUGGGCCUCGGUGACUUUGUUGACCACUCGAGCUCUGCACCUCGGGUACACCGAUCAAAUGGUCAAAGAGAUUUACUCGGGUUUGAUUUUUGAGCAGUCUUCCGCAGUGUCUUUUGGCCUCCUCCUUGACAAUCUCAGAAAGGACGAUCAGCUAUCAGUUUUAGAAGCUAUCUUUCGUCACGUUCAACGAAAUCACUUUUCCGACGAUCUGUCCGGCUCGGUGGAUCAGUCAACUACCUCCUUGGAGACCGUCAAGGGUGUUGCGGCUUUGUGUUCUCUCCUGAUUUCUAAGCGACCCGAAUUGGAAACACAUGUUUUAGAAUGGCUCUCAAAAUCGCAAGGUGGUUCAAUUAGCACGCUGGGCUUACGACGUGCGCUAUUGGCUUCAUUCAGUAACCGAGCUGAUUUAUUGAAGGAACUGGUCAUGCGCAGCCUCGGAGAGUUUGGCGAUAAGUUUUCUAUCACGCAUGUCUCUAUCGUUGUUCAAAAUGCCAUUGCACAAGUGAUCCUUCUUGCUGUCGGGCACCUUAAGCGGCUAGAUUCAGCACAAGCGAUGGAAGUCGGGCGAUCAGGAGCAUAUCUCAAUGCAGUCUCCAACCGACUUGCGGCAUCCUCGAACAGAGCACGGCUUCUGGGUAUGAUAAUUGGAACGGGCAUAUCUGAGCUUAUUGAAGAGGCAGGAAAAGUUCUCAAAUUCGAUCUUGAAGAAAUGCAGAGUGAGGAAGUCAAGAUGUAUCUGAACUUGACCAAACUCAAGGAUGAAUGCGGCUCCUCCGAAUCACUCAAGUCAUUACGAGAAGCGCCUCCAAAGCCAAUUCACGCCAAGCGUACGCCAAAGCCGAAAACACAGUUUUCCCUAUCCCAAACAAGCAAGAUUGUUGCCAUUGAAGAGGUUGAAGACAGCGACGAAGAGAAAUUUGCAGAUGAAGACGACGAUGACGAUCUCAUUCCGUAUGAGAAGCCAGACGACGAUGCAUAUGAUUCUGACGACGACCCUACGUUGAUCCAACGUACCAAACCGACAGCUCCUGUGUACAUCCGCGAUUUGAUCGUUGGCCUACGAGACACCGAGAACAUCGAGCGUCAUCAUCUGGCCAUAACCACAGCUCCAUCACUGAUCCGACGCAAGAUAGGAUUCGGGACUGAACUUGCGGACAACAUCGAGGAACUGGCACUCACGAUGGUGGGUCUCCAAAACGAUAAUAACCACCCGCAAUUCCAUGAAGCCCGCCUUCAAAGCAUGAUUGCCUUACUCGUGUCCGAGCCACUCAAGAUGGGCCGCUGGUUCACUGGGAUCUACUUUGAUGGAGACAUAUCCCAAGUCCAGAGAUCCGCCGUUCUUACAGCGUUAGGUCUGAGUGCUCGUGAGCUCGCUGGUAAUGGAGAAGAUGAUGCCAAGAGACUGAACCUGCCAAGUACCGGCGAUACCUCAUUCCCAUCUAAACGACUACCGGCUGCCGUGGAGGCCAUGUACCUGGGCCAAAAGGAAUCUCCCAUCGCAAUGCUCACCCGGGAAAUGUCUCGCACAUCCUUGGAGCCACUUGCAGCCAAUGCAGCCGACGCAAUGAGCGGCCCUGACGCUCUCAAAGUGCGCACCUUCUCCUCGCGCAUGGAAGUCGAGAAGAAACGCCAGCAGCGUGAGACUAAGCGCAAAAAUGCCACUGCGAAGGAUCUACAUGAAGUGCUUGCGAAGGGAUUCUUCUUCCCAAUGCAAGGCAGAUUCGAAAUCAUGAUGCUGCAGUUCUCAUCCUCCACUUCCCCGACCUACAACCCAUUCUUCAUCCCCCACCUGCUAACCCUCUUCCUUCAAACCCUAUCCCUCAUCCUCUCCACAACUGGCCCACACACACCCCUCCUCCCAGGUCUAACCCACGAAACCCUCUCCCUCCUCAUAGCUGUACACAGAAUGGCAGCAUCCAACGAGCCAACGGUGACCGCCGCCAUUCUGUCUCUUUUCCUCGCUAUCGUGGAUCUAAACAUCGAAUCUGGCUCGAACGGUGAGGAACGCCUUAUCACGCAGUACGCGAAAGAGAUGAUCGAGCUGCGCGAGUGGGCUUCUCAGGUCUUCGACCGAACCCCAGCAGAAGCUGCUAGGGCUGAUCCUACUUCUGCCGUUACAGAUCCACAGGAGCAAGUGCGCACCCUUUCUGCUGGUAUCAUGGUUCGUCUAGGAGAGAUUACCGAGCGGUAUCAGGGGCGCUUGAUGGGUGUUGGUGCUGGGUUCAAUUACUAG